AAAAAACCACUAUUGUUUUUUUGCAAACAUUUAGGUCAUCUGGUCUCUGUGAUAAGCAUAGCCGAUCGAAUCAAAAAAGAAAGUGCGCUUGCUGUGUGGACACUUCAGCGUAUGAAUAUACGAGUAAUUCUACUAACUGGUGACAAUGCGCGUACUGCAGAAGCAACGGCACGUCAAGUUGGCAUCAGAGAAGUGUUUGCUGAAGUACUGCCAAAUCAAAAACGGACCAAAAUUGAACAGCUCAAGGAAGCAAAAGAGCGGGUAGCAAUGGUUGGUGAUGGUAUCAACGAUAGUCCAGCGUUGGCCAGUGCAGACGUGGGUAUUGCAAUUGCUGCUGGCUCGGAUGUUGCUAUUGAAAGUGCCGGUAUUGUACUUGUAAAAAACGAUCUGAUUGAUGUUGUAGCGGCAAUUGAUCUAUCAAAAAAAACAACACGUCGUAUUCGGCUGAAUUUUCUCUUUGCAGUACUUUAUAAUGCUAUUAGCAUUCCUGUUGCAGCUGGUUUGUUUUUUUGCUCUUUUGAAUUUAGUUACUUGCAAAAUCUGGCUUCCUGA